AUGGUAGCAGCACGAGUCUUCCCCGCAGACUCGUGGAUCAGUAGGUUCAGGGAAGUAGCUCGUCGGUUUUUGUCACAACAGGAACAGCCAGCUCAGCAGUGGAACACAUCUGUUCAACAAGCAGCUUGUAUCCAUACUUCCAUAAACCGUAGGAGCUUAUCUGAAUUUUUUGAUGACAAAAAGAAUUGGGGUGAAGUCGAGGUUAAAGUUGGCCGGUCCUGGAAAGUUGAAGAGCUCAGAAUUAAAAGCAAUGAGGACCUUCAUAAGUUAUGGUAUGUACUCUUGAAAGAAAAGAACAUGCUGUUAACCAUGGAGCAUGCAUGCAAGGAAGAAUACAGAAUUUUUCCAAACCCAGAGAGAAUAGACAAGGUGGAAGAGAGUAUGAACAAUCUAGAAAGGGUUGUCCGCGAGAGAAAUAGAGCGUAUUGGCUUCUUGAGACUGGAGAAACAGGCGAGCGUCCUUGUGGGCCAGUGAGGGAUCCCUUAGGUCGGAAAUUUACCACACAGUAUGCCGAGUAUUAUGUUCCAAUAUUUAUGAAUAAUGCAACCAACAAGAAAAUGCCUCAUUUUGGAUCAGCUGUAAAUAGAUUUCGUAGGCUGAUGAGGGAGAAGGCGUACCUUGAAAAGAAAAAAUAUUAUAACCGUCUCCGAAACCACGUUUGCCACCUGCUUCGUCGAUUCCCACACUUGAGUGAAGAAUUACUGCAGCAGCAGUUUCCCGAAAUCAAUGUUGCAACUCUCAGGAGGAUGAAGAGAAGUCUAGGGCAUCAUCAGUACAAUGAGGCUUAGUUUAAUACAGAUUCCCAGUGUUCUUUAGUUUGACCCGAGGUUUGUAAUAAUAAUAAUAAUGAGCAAGUUUACUAUUUUGUGUUACAAGUCAUUGAAUUUUUUCCAUAUGGAACGCCCUUGUAUUGUAAUGUCAUUAAUGUAUAUAUUUGAAUAAACCAUCAAACAGUUCAAGACAAACAA